AUGAAGCUGAUGGUUAUGAGCCGUGUUGGACAACGAGACAAAGGAUAUGGGGUUUGUACUGUGAUCACACCCCCUUCUGAAAAUGUGGCCUCCGAGAAUCGUGGCCUCCGAGAAUCGUGGUCUCCGAGAAUUGUGGCCUCCGAGAAUCGUUGUCUCCGAAAAUCGUGGUCUCUGAGAAUCGUGGCCUCCGAGAAUCGUGGCCUCCCGAAAAUCGUGGCGCCCGGCGCUAAUAUAAUAAAGCUUUGGUCUGUGGUGGAGGCUACCAAUUUACGUCUUCUGACCAGUGGACAUUUUACUACAUUUGGCCGGCAGCUAUUUCACGGCUUUUAA